AUGCCUAACGUCAAUCUUUCUGUCGUAAAAGCAACCAUAUUCUCUCUUAAAUAUCAUUUUGUGGGAUCCUUCUUCUUACUCUUGGCUCUGAGUUAUGUUUACAAUAGAUAUCGGCCUGGUCUUUCUCGUAUUCCGGGACCGUCCCUCGCCAAGUGGACAAGGCUUUGGAGACUUCACGAUGUUUACAAAGGUCAAUCUCAUCAGACAGCUAUCAGACUACACAAAAAGCACGGCCCACUUGUUCGAAUAGCACCCAACAUUAUAUCUGUUGGUGAUCCUGCAGCCAUCAAAACCAUCUAUGGAUUGACGGGCGCAUUUACCAAGUCGGCAUUCUAUCCUAUUCAAAGUAUUUCUUGGAAUAAGAAACCGCAAAUGAACCUUUUUUCAACACGGGACACUGUUUAUCACCGUGAACAGAAGAAGAAGGUUGCGCACGCUUACAGCCUGACCAGUCUUCUCGGGUCCGAAGAGGCAAUGGACUCCUGUACUGAACUCUUCACUUCACGUCUCGACGAAUGGGCCAUGACCCAAAAGCCCAUUGAUCUAGGUGCUUGGCUUCAAUAUUAUGCCUUCGACGUCGUUGGUGAAGUAACCUUUGCACAGAAGCUCGGGUUUUUAGAGACGGGCGGAGACGUUGAUGGAAUGAUGGAAACCAUUGAAGGCAUCCUCUUCUACGCCUCUAUGUGUGGACAGGUCCCUGAGAUGCACCCGUUUCUACUGGGUAACCCUUUGUUUCCCUAUUUAAUUCCAGCCAUGGAGUCGUGGAAUGCAGUCUUGACUUUCACCCUAAAGGCCAUCAAUUCUCGGACGACUAUUCAACGAGACGGUGAACUGGAGCUUAGCGAUGACGGAACCAGGGACUUCCUUUCAAAGUGGGCUGCAGUAAAGAACAAGGACCCGCUCAAGAUGAGUACCCGAGAUGUUAUUACACAUCUCUCAACCAACGUUUUUGCUGGAUCGGAUACUACCGCCAUCGCUCUCAGAGCAAUUAUUUACUUUCUUAUCAAGCAUCCACAAAAGAUGACAAAGGUUGUGGAAGAGAUCGAUACGGCCAAUGAAAACGGAAAGCUCAGCGAUCCUAUCUCAUACAAGGAAUCCACUAGUCAUCUGCCAUACAUGGGAGCUGUGAUCAAAGAAGCGAUGCGGCUACAUCCCUCUGUCGGGCUACUCAUGGAGAGACAUGUCCCGCCCCAGGGAGCAGAGAUAUGCGGGCAAUUCAUUCCCGGAGGCACAAUUGUCGGCAUCAACCCAUGGGUUCUUCACUCAGACCCCAAAGUGUACAAGGAUCCUGAAUGCUUCAUUCCUGAGCGCUGGUUGACUGCAGACGCCGAGUUACUCUCCAAGAUGGAAAGUAGCUUUUUGUCUUUCGGUGCAGGCUCGCGAACUUGCGUUGGAAAGUACAUUAGUCUGAUGGAAAUGCAUAAGGUGGUGCCGCAGUUACUCAGGAAGUAUACUAUUGAGCUGGAGAAUCCCGAGGCUGAGUGGCGAACAUCGAACCGUUGGUUCGUACAGCAGCAUGGGCUGAUUUGCAAUCUGAAGAAAAGAACAUGA